AUGCAUAUUUUAAAUAUCGCAGAAAAACCAUCUGUUGCAAAAUCUAUCUCAAAAAUACUAUCACAAUCAAUUGUAACUAGUAGAGGAAGACAUAAAUACUGUCCAAAUAUUACAUUUAAAUAUAAUAAUGAUACAUUUACAUUUACAAGUGUAUUAGGACAUAUUUAUAAUUUAAACUUUUGUAAGAAAUACAUUUGGGAAUCAAUUGAUCCAAAAAUACUUUUUUAUGAACCACUUACUAAAAAAAUACAAGAAGAUUUUAUUAAUUUACAGAAAAAUUUAGAAGAACAGUCAUACAAAGCUAAUAAGGUUAUUAUAUGGACUGAUUGUGAUAGGGAAGGUGAACACAUAGCACAACAAAUUUAUAAUAUUAUAAAAUCAAAAAAUAAUAUAGAAAUUAAAAGAGCCAGAUUUAAUGCUAUAAGUAGAAAUGAUGUAACAAGAGCAUUAGAAAAUUUAGUAAAUAUAAAUAUUAAUGAAGCAGAUGCAGUAGAUUGUAGAAUGGAAAUGGAUUUAAGAAUAGGAUCAUCUUUUACUAUUUUACAAACCCUAACUCUUAAGUCUUUUUUUAAAUCUAGGCAUGUUAUUAGUUUCGGUCCUUGUCAAAUUCCUACACUUGGUUUUGUAAUUGAAAGAUUUUUUCAAAUCGAAAAAUUUAAAGAAGAAGAUUUCUAUUCUUUAGAAAUUAAUAUUAAAUCUGAUACAUGGACAUGGAAACGAGGGAAUAUUUUUGAUAAAAAUUGUGUUACAUAUUUUUAUAAUAUGUUAAUAAAUUAUAAUUUAUUAAUUAUAAAAAAAGAAGUUUCUUCUGUCUUUAAAAUGAAACCUCUUCCUUUACGUACAGUAGAAUUACAAAAAUUAUGCUCUAGUAUUUUUAAAAUUUCUUCGCAUAAAAUUAUGGAAAUUGCAGAAUCAUUGUACAAUAAAGGAUACAUAUCUUAUCCAAGAACAGAAACAGAUGCUUUUCCUAAAAAUUUUAAUUAUAAAAAUAUAUUAGAUAAAAUAAUAUCUGAUAGUACAUAUACAGAUAUUAUUUUAAGUAUUAAAAAUAAUAUAAAUUUACCACGUUCUGGUAAAAAUAAUGAUAUGGCUCAUUCACCGAUCUACCCAUUAAAAGGUGGAGGAGAUCUUACUGGUUUAGAUAGAAAAUUAUACGAUUUUAUAACACGAAGAUUUUUAGGAUCUCUUUGUGCAGAUGCUAAAGGAUUAGAAACAUAUUAUGAAUUAUUAAUUAAAAAAGAAAUAUUUUAUAUUAAAGGAUUAAAAAUAACAGAAAGGAAUUAUUUGGAUGUGUACACAUUUGAUAAAUGGAAUAAUAAAGAAAUACAAGAUUAUGAAUUAAAUAAAGAAAUUAAAGAAUUUAGUAUAGAAAUAAAAAAUGGUAGAACUACACCACCAUAUUUUUUAACAGAGAGUGAAUUAAUUACAUUAAUGGAUAAAAAUGGAAUAGGAACAGAUGCUACAAUUCAUGAACAUAUACAAAAAAUACAGGAAAGAGGAUAUGUAUACAAAUUUAAGAAUUAUAUUAUACCUAAGAAAUUAGGAAUAGGGUUAAUUAAAGGGUUUAUACAUUUAAAUAUGGAAGUUAAUAAACCAUUUUUACGGAGAGAUUUAGAAAUUAAUUUAAAAAAAAUAUGUUUAGGAGAAAUUAAUAAGAAGAGUGUAAUAGAUAAUGAGAUUAAUACAUAUUUAAAAUUAUAUAUUUAUUUUAAUGAUAACAUUAAAAUAUUUAGAGAGGUAGUAGAAAAUACAAUAAAAUCUAAAAUAGAUGUUUUAGAUAAAUUUAAUAUAAGUGAUGAUGAAUCAUCUGAUAAUAAAAAAGGAGAUGUGUCAUUUGGUGAUAUUAAAAAAGUAAAAGAUAGUAAAGUUAAUAAAGAAAGUGAAUGUAAUAAUUUUAAAGAAGGUGAGUGUAGUAAUUUUAAAGAUGAUGAGUGUAGUAAAAAAGUAAAAGAUGGUAAAUUUAAAGAAAAUGAAUGUAAUAAAAAAGUAAAAGAUAUUAUUUUUAAAGUUAAUAAAGAAAAUGAAUGUAAUGAAAAAGACGAAAAUAAAAUUAAAGUUACAUGUAAGAGAGAACACAACAAUAAAAAAGAAGAAUACAAUAAAACCAAAUUUACAAGUAAAAAAGAAGAAUACAAUAAAACCAAAUUUAUAAGUAAAAAAGAAGUUAAUGACUUACAAUGCUUUUGUAAAGUACCAUCUCAAUAUUAUUGUGAAGAUACACAGCUAAUUUAUAAAUGCGGAUUAUCACCUCAGAGAUGUCAUUUUACAAAAAUAGAAAAUGUUAAAUGUAACUGUAAUUUUGAACCUAAAAUUUUGAUGUCUUUUACAGAAGCAAAUAAAAAUAGGAAAUUUUUUAAGUGUAAAAAAGCGUACAAGCCAUGUAAAUUUUUUAAAUGGGCUGAAUCUUCUAAUAAUUAA